AUGAAAGAUUGUGAUUCCCUCGAUGAUCAUCUACGCCGCAUGAAAGAAAUUACUGACCAACUGGUAGCCAUCAAGGCGCCUAUUCCUGAAGAUGAACAUAUCGUAGCCCUGUUACUCAGCCUUCCACGAUCAUAUAACACUCUAAUAACUGCAUUGACUGCAAAAGGAGACGAUCUUAGCCUAACUCAAGUGCAUCAAGCACUCAUGAGUGAAGAAGAAAAACGUGACCAAUACAAGGGCGAAGAUGGUGGUGGUCGAGUCGAAAAGGGUGAAACUGCCUUACAGCAUGAAAAGACAAGUUGAAAGCCCAUCAAGUUCUUUGGAUGCGGGGAAGAGAAUCAUGUGAUCAGAAAUUGUCCGAAAAGAAAGAAAGGGCAGCAUGAAAACAAAAAUAAACAGGGAAAUUCAUACAAACAUAAAGCAACUCCAGCAGAUGCUGAUGGGAAAAGGAACGAGGAUUCUGGGGGUAAUGUAUUCGUAGUAGGAUUGAUUGCAGCUGAAGGGAAUAGUUGUUGGAUAAUCGACUCCGGUGCUUCGCAGCACAUGACUGCCAAUCGUGACUUAGUGGUAAAUUAUUGUCAAUUCCCUGAACCAGAACCUGUUGCUCUUGGUGAUGGUCGUUCUGUUAAUGCGUACGGAUAUGGACAAGUAGACAUCACUAUGAUACUUGGAAAUAAAGAGAAAGAUCAACGGAAAUCAAUUCUAACAAAGGUACUCUAUGUUCCAAAAUUAGCCAAAAAUCUUUUUAGUGUACGUGCAGCAGCAUCUAAAGGCAAGGUGGUCCAAUUUGGUCACACCCUCUGUUGGAUUAAGGAUUCGAAGGGACAAGUUAUAGCACGUGGUCGACUUGUUGAGAGCAUGUACCGUCUUGAUUGCAAAGUUGACAAACAUGGAAACCGAGCAUCAAUUGCUAAUGAAACUGGUGGCAAAUUGGAUCUAUGGCACCAAAGAAUGGCGCAUUUAAAUGCCGGUCAAAUGAAAAUCAUGACUUCAAAGGAACUUAUCACAGGUACGGACAUACCUAGAACUGGCAAGUUAAGUUUUUGCGAGGCCUGUGCGGAAGGAAUGGCUCAUCGAGCGCCAUUUAAGCAAGUGGGAGAAAUUAAGUCAACGAGAAGGUUAGAGUUGGUCCAUAGUGAUGUUGCCGGACCGAUGAAGACUGAAAGCUUUGGAGGUGCAAAGUACUUCGUCACCUUCAUCGAUGAUUACUCCAGAUGUGUCACUGUUUACCCAAUGAAGUAUAAGUCUGAAGUGCUGGUAAAAUUCAAGGAGUGGAAGGCAGCCGUGGCAAACCAGGCAGAAUGCAAGAUUAAGACACUACGGACAGACAAUGGUGGUGAAUACACAUCCACCGAGUUCCAAGAUUUUCUAAAGAAGAAAGGAAUUCGCCAUGAGACUACGGUGCCAUAUUCACCCCAGCAGAAUGGGGUAGCUGAGCGCAUGAGCCGAACACUUCAAGAAGCAGCUCUCUCUAUGAUUCUGCAUGCUGGACAGUCCAAAGCUUUCUGGGCAGAAGCAGUUUGCAAGAAGGGCUAG